CCACCUAACAACCACCGCACCACUUUCCUUCACAAGUCUUUUCUUGCUAUUCUCCCUCUUUAUUUCAUAUAUAAAUUAAAAUAUUUUUAAAAAUUGCACUAUAAAACUAUAAAUUAUCCUCUUUUCGCUCUUUUUCGGUUUUCUAAGCCAUUCCUUUCUCCUCUCUCUCAUCUACUAUUCCUUUUUUUUUUCUCUCUCUCUACAUACUUCCGACUGAAAGUUUCGUCCUCCGGCCGGGAAACCGCUCAUAUAUCCCGUAAUCAGCCUCCGUGCCUUCUCGGAAAACCGCUUAUUUUCUUUGAUUUGAGACGCGCCGAUUUGUUUCGCUUCCAUUUCCCUGAGUUGCUUGGGGAACGAUUUGGAUCUGAGUUUGACUCGUUCUGUUCUUGUUUGCCGCAUUUUGAGAAAAUGUGGGCUCUUUGCUCCUCUGUUAUGAAUUUUUGAUGCAUAAGAUCGUGAUCUAGGGUUUGGAUUUUGGAUUUCUGGACUUGGCUUUGUACCUAAAACUUCUGGAAAAACGGAGGCUAAUAGAGCGCGUCUACGGAAUGAAAUGGUGGAAGGUAGGGUCCGUUUGUCCAAAGAGGCUAGAAAUGGGUUAGAAUUUCUGAAGCGUAAAAAACUUCAGCGAAUGAAAUCAGAAACUGUCACUGAGACUGUAGUGGUCACUGGUAUGAUGAGUAGAAGUGGAGGAGAUGCUUUAAGGGCUUCAAACUCAUGUGGCAUUAGACUACACGGUAAUGUUGAAUCCUUUGUUCCAUCCAACGGCGCUUCAAGUGGGAAGGAUGCCUUUGCAAAGAGAAAGGUUGAUAAGUUUGAUACAAGUGAUCUAGAAUGGACAGAGAAAAUCCCUGAAUGCCCUGUAUACCAUCCAACAAAGGAGGAGUUUGAGGAUCCUUUGGUAUAUUUACAGAAAAUAGCUCCAGAAGCUUCAAGAUAUGGUAUAUGCAAGAUUGUUUCCCCUUUGAGUGCUUCUGUUCCUGCUGGGGUUGUACUGAUGAGGGAGAAAGCGGGAUUCAAGUUCACAACUAGAGUGCAACCUCUUCGUCUUGCCGAGUGGGAUACUGAUGAUAGGGUAACCUUUUUCAUGAGUGGAAGAAAUUAUACGUUUCGUGAUUUCGAGAAAAUGGCGAACAAGAUUUUUGCCCGUAGAUACUGUAGUGCCAGUUGUCUUCCUGGAACAUACUUGGAAAAAGAAUUUUGGCAAGAAAUUGCUUGUGGAAAGACUGAAACAGUUGAAUAUGCAUGCGAUGUUGAUGGUAGUGCCUUUUCAUCGUCUCCCAGUGAUCCACUUGGAAAUAGCAAAUGGAAUUUGAAGAAUGUUUCACGGCUUCCAAAGUCCAUUUUACGGCUUUUGGGUACAGUUAUUCCAGGGGUAACAGAUCCCAUGCUUUACAUUGGAAUGUUAUUUAGUAUGUUUGCUUGGCAUGUCGAAGAUCAUUAUUUAUAUAGUAUUAAUUACCAUCACUGUGGAGCGUCAAAAACUUGGUAUGGAAUUCCUGAUAAUGCAGCUUUAGAUUUUGAAAAGGUGGUCAGGAAACACGUAUAUACGCAUGAUAUUCUAUCAACUGAGGGGGAGGAUGGAGCUUUUGAUGUACUUUUGGGGAAAACAACUUUGUUUCCUCCAAAUAUAUUGUUAGAACAUGGUGUACCUGUUUACAAGGCUGUGCAAAGGCCUGGGGAGUUCAUUAUCACCUUCCCUAGAGCUUAUCAUGCUGGAUUUAGCCAUGGUUUUAAUUGUGGUGAGGCUGUGAACUUUGCAAUUGGUGAUUGGUUUCCGAUGGGAGCUAUUGCUAGCUGGCGUUAUGCAAUUCUUAACAGGAUGCCUCUUCUUCCCCAUGAAGAACUACUCUGCAAAGAAGCUAUGAUUCUCUAUACGAACCUGGAAUGUGAAGAUUCAGAUUAUUCAUCUGCAGACUUGAUUUCUCAUCAUUCCAUUAAGGUUUCUUUUGUCAAACUGAUGCGUUUCCUGCAUCAUGCUCGAUGGUCUCUGAUGAAAUCAAGGGCAUGUACUGGCCUUUUGCGAAAUACCCAUGGAACUAUUCUAUGCAGCUUAUGCAAACGGGACUGCUAUGUAGCUUUUGUUAACUGCAACUGUGACAUGCAUCCUGUAUGUCUUCGGCAUGAUAUUGAGUCCCUCAACUUUUCGUGCGGAAGAAAUCAUCAUGCAUUAUUUCUGAGGGAGGACAUUUCAGCCAUGGAAGCUGCAGCCAAGAGUUUUGAGAAGCAAAAUGGAGUACUGGAGGAGAUUCAACGGCAAGAGAGAAGGGGGGAUGAUUUUUAUUCCUAUCCCACAUCAAACAAAUUUCUAAGUGUUUUGGAGGAUGGAUAUUCUCCUUAUUGUGAGAUAAAUUUUGACAUUAACGCUGAGACUGCUGCAAAAUUUCAGGAUUGGUCACAAGACCAUAGGCAGUCCACUUUCAUAUGUGGCAUUGAAAAUUUUAGACCUGAUGUCUCAGAAACGUCUGUUGCUUGUUCUGCAUCUACUCUCUGUCCUUCCAGAGAACCGAUAGAAAGCACUUCUGCGGCUAACUGUACGGUAAAGGGGUGGGCUGACCUUGACACUAGGAAUCUCGAAUCUACUAAGUCUUCUGAAGAAGUAACACACAACAUGCACGAGUCCUUUCUAUCCUCUUUGUCUCAUGAGGAAUGCCCUAGCGUCCAGCAUGGCAACCUUCAUGGAUCAGAGGCUAGACCUAGCGUGUAUCAGCAAAGUGAUGAUUCUGAUUCAGAGAUAUUUAGGGUUAAGCGCCGGUCUUCUCUUAAGGUGGAAAAAAGAGUUGUGAAUGAUGAUGUGUCUUCAAAGAAUAUUGAGCACCAGGGGCUGAAACGAUUGAAGAAGCUUCAAUUUGAAAGAAGAUAUGGUCAAACAAUGUCAUCCGAGUGCAGCCAAACUCAUGAUGAAUCAAAUCACAGUUUUACGUCCACCUCAAAUCAAAAUCAAAAUCAAAAGGAAGCUACAGAGAGUGCAUGUAGGGACAGGUUUGCCAGGGGAAGUGGCAUUCCCAUCUCUAUUAAGUUCAAGAAGUUGGUCAAUGAUGAAACAAUGUGCAGACAACAAGAAAAACAGAGAUUGGAUAGAUUCCAGCAUGAGUUGGGAAAAACCAUGACGGAACCGCCCCCUAUAGAGAUCGGUCCAAAGCGUCUUAAAGUCCGAGGCCCAUCAUUUCUUGGGUCAGAGAACAAGAAUUGACUUUUGGAUAACAUGAUAGGUGAAGAAACUGGUUGGCCUGCCUCUGGAGCAUCAUCUAGGGCUUGACUCUGCUAACUUUAAUUUCUCUAAUGGGGUUCUAACAACACGGAAUAUCCAGAAGAUUAAUUGUGGGAGCAGUGUAGUGUUAACUUUAGGAAAUUUUUAUUCUUUGUGCGGGGCUCGAAUUUGGGGCACUUGGCACGGUUGGUAAUUCUUCUGGUUCUCAAGCUACGGUGUUUUUCCGUCUUCGGCAGGAAAACCUUCCUGCAAAGCCAAAAGUAGAAUUUGGUUAGUAACUCUGUAAAUUUGUUUUUAUCAGCCAAAUUAAUUCUUGAGAGGAAAUGUGGGUAUUCCCAAUACUCCUCCAUUUAAGGUCAAUCUGCUGCUUCCUCUUAGGUUCUUUAUUCUUUUUUAAGCAAAAUAAAUGCAGGGAAAUGCCUUUUCUUUC